UUUUUGGUUUUUUUGCACCCCCGCGCCCGGAAUGGGAAAAUAAGAAUCUCCUUGGAUCAGAGUCCUCCGGGGUAAGGCGUGAAAGCCCCGGAGGCAGGAAGGGACGGAGAAGAGGGGCUUGCCCAGAGCAUGGAUAGGAAAGGAGCCCGGGCGCUCCAGGGCUCAGCGCACACUCAGGAUCUGUGCCCGGGGCUGCAGCUGCGGAUGAGAAAGGCGCUGUCUGGCUAAUGAAGGCCACCUGGGUCAGGCUUCUGAAAAGAGCCAAGGGAGGAAGGCUGAAGAAUUCGGAUAUCUGUGGUUCGGCAGACUCCUACACCAGCCGUCCAUCCGAUUCAGAUGUUUCUUUGGAGGAAGAUCGGGAGGCAGUGCGCAGAGAAGCAGAGCGACAGGCCCAGGCCCAGCUGGAAAAAGCAAAGACAAAGCCCGUUGCAUUUGCUGUUCGGACAAAUGUCAGCUAUAGUGCAAUCCACGAAGAUGAUGUCCCAGUGCCAGGCAUGGCCAUCUCCUUCGAAGCAAAAGAUUUUCUGCAUGUUAAGGAAAAAUUUAACAAUGACUGGUGGAUAGGGCGAUUGGUGAAAGAAGGCUGUGAAAUCGGAUUCAUCCCAAGCCCAGUGAAACUAGAAAAUAUGAGGCUGCAGCAUGAACAGAGAGCCAAGCAAGGGAAAUUCUACUCCAGUAAAUCAGGAGGAAAUUCUUCAUCCAGUUUGGGUGACAUAGUCCCUAGUUCCAGAAAAUCUACACCGCCAUCAUCCGCUAUAGACAUAGAUGCUACUGGCUUAGAUGCAGAAGGAAAUGAUAUUCAAGCCAACCAUCGCUCCCCUAAACCCAGUGCAAACAGUGUAACGUCACCCCACUCCAAAGAGAAAAGAAUGCCCUUCUUUAAGAAGACAGAGCACACUCCUCCUUACGACGUGGUUCCUUCUAUGCGACCAGUGGUCUUGGUGGGCCCUUCUCUGAAGGGGUACGAGGUCACGGAUAUGAUGCAGAAAGCAUUGUUUGAUUUUUUAAAACACAGAUUUGAAGGACGGAUAUCCAUCACAAGGGUCACGGCUGACAUCUCGCUCGCCAAGCGCUCUGUGUUAAACAAUCCCAGCAAGCAUGCAAUAAUAGAAAGAUCCAAUACAAGGUCAAGCUUAGCGGAAGUUCAGAGUGAAAUCGAAAGGAUUUUUGAACUUGCAAGAACACUGCAACUGGUAGUCCUUGAUGCAGAUACCAUUAAUCAUCCAGCUCAACUCAGUAAAACUUCUUUGGCCCCUAUUAUAGUCUACGUAAAGAUUUCUUCUCCUAAGGUUUUACAAAGGUUAAUAAAAUCUCGAGGGAAAUCUCAAGCUAAACACCUCAAUGUCCAGAUGGUCGCAGCUGAUAAACUGGCUCAGUGUCCUCCAGAGCUGUUUGAUGUGAUCCUGGACGAGAACCAGCUCGAGGAUGCUUGUGAGCACCUGGCCGACUACCUGGAGGCCUACUGGAAGGCCACCCACCCUCCCAGCAGCCAUCUCCCCAACCCUCUCCUUAGUCGUACUUUAGCCACUUCAGCUCUGCCCAGUAGCCCCACUCAAGCCUCUAAUUCACAGGGUUCUCAAGGGGAUCAGAGGACUGAGCGCUCCGCUCCCGCCCGCUCUGCCUCCCAAGCUGAAGAAGAACCCUGCCUGGAACCCGUCAAGAAACCCCAGCACCGUUCCUCCUCCUCCGCCCAGCAUCACAGCCAUCGCAGUGGGACGAGCCGAGGCCUCUCCAGGCAGGAGACAUUUGACUCAGAAACCCAGGAGAGUAGAGACUCUGCCUAUGUGGAGCCGAAGGAAGAUUACUCCCACGAACACGUGGACCACUAUGCCCCCCACCGUGACCAUAACCACCGCGAUGAGCCCCACGGGAGCAGUGAGCACAGACACAGGGAGUCUCGGCACCGUUCCAGGGACCUGGAUCGAGAGCAGGAGCACAACGAGUGCAACAAACAACGGAGCCGGCAUAAAUCCAAGGAUCGCUAUUGUGACAAGGACGGAGAGGGCCUCUCCAAAAAACGGAACGAGGCUGGGGAGUGGAACAGGGAUGUUUACAUCCGCCAGUGACUUUGGCCCUUUUACGUUUCUUUU